ACUGCGUUGACUCAUGGCUUAGCCUUGCUCCAGCAGCGCUAAGGGGCCAGGAGCUCCUGUGGCUGCGGGCUGGAGACGGGGAGCAAAAUGCUGGAGAAGAUUCAGAAGGCGCUCACGAUUCGUAGCAGCACCAUGAGGGAGCUGCUGGCAGAAGCGCUGGGGAUGUUCAUCCUCAUGUUCUUUGGCUUGUCUUCUGUGGCACAAGUGGUAUUAGGAAGAGGAGAGUUUGGGCAGCAUCUGAGCAUCAACUUGGCAUUUGGCAUUGGUGUUACCUUGGGCAUGCACGCAGCUGGAGGAAUCUCUGGAGCUCAUCUGAACGCUGCCAUCACCAUCACAUACUGCAUUUUAGGAAACCUCCCCUGGAGAAAGCUCCCAGCUUAUCUGAUCGGGCAGUUCCUGGGCUCCUUUACAGCAGCGGCGACCGUCUUCGGCCUCUAUUAUGAUGCUCUGUAUGACUACACCAAGGGGAACUUCACAGUGACGGGACCAACUGCCACGGCGUCCAUCUUCUGUACUUACCCUGCUCCCUACGUAUCGUUGCCUGGGGCCUUCUUCACAGAGUUUAUAGCGACGGCGAUGCUGCUCCUGGGCAUUCUGGUCAUCCACGACGAGAGGAACAAUGGAGCCCUGAAGGGCACACAGGCCCUGCUCACCGGGAUCCUGGUCCUGGGCAUCGGCUUAGGGAUGGGGAUGAACUCGGGCUACGCCAUAAACCCCUCCCGGGACCUGCCCCCCAGGAUCUUCACGGCAAUUGCUGGCUGGGGAAUGGAGGUCUUCACGGCUGGACCUCACUGGUGGUGGGUCCCACUCACAGCUCCGAUUCUGGGAAGCCUCGCUGGUGUUUUUAUCCACAAACUCUUCAUCGAUUUUCACAACCAGCCUGUCCCGGAAAGUGGAGAAGAGAAAGGACAUCCCGUGGUGGAGACUUCUACGCUGUGAUGGCCACAUGCUCCAAGGAAAGGGCAUGACAACAAGGCCUGGACUGACACCCAAAGGGCAACCAAGUGGAUAAGGGGAUAGGCAAUGGUGCUGCCAGAGCACAUCGUUUCUCCACCCUGCAGGUGGAGCA